AUGUUCAACUYCUAUACAGGUGCUCCUAAAAUAGUUGCUCCUUAUCCAGAUAAUGUUUAUGCUAUUGAAGACGAGAAGACAAAAGUUCCCUGYAUAGUGGAAGACACAGUUUCCAAUCCAGAUGAGAUAAUAUUUGUGAGGAAGAGUCGUUUUGGUGACGUUGAACCCAUAAGAGAUGAAGGACCUGAUGGACGCAUCUAUUAUCAAAAUGAAACCUUGGAUGGUGGAAGAAAGUUACGUGUGACUCUGCAUUUUAAUAAAGUCAUAAUGAAUGAUGAUUCAAGAAAUGGCGGUUAUGAAUGCCAAGGACACACAGGAGGUAGUCAACAUGAAUAUGGAUUCACUGUCACUGUUAUUGAAAGAAGUGAGCUUCCAGGCAUUGAAGUCUCUAACAAUGUAUCAGCAGAAUUUGGAGAUAAUAUUGUACUUAGUUGUAACCUUACCAUCAGUCAAGCCACUUCUGCAAGGCAGACUGAACUAACCAAGCUGAUGUGGGCCAAAGAUGGUCGGCUCGUUGAAGAAGUUCUUUACCCAAGAGAACAGUCCCUUAAAUCCCUCAAGAUUGAUGUGGACCGUCCUGAAGUUGGUGGUAUCUACACUUGUCACUUGACAUCCAAGCUUAGAAAAGUCAAGGAGUAUAAUGUUACUGGUAGCAUCUAUGUGUCAGUGAAACCCAAGUUCUUCACAGCAGACCUAAAAGACAAUGAAAUUGUAACCAUGAAAGGAGAAUCUGUAACAUUUACUUGCUCUGCUGAAGGAAAUCCUCUCCAGACUGAAUGGAAAGAGAAACGACGAUCUGCCUUACAAGCAAGUUUUAUUGAAGUUGGCAACUCAUCUGAUUAUUGCUUGCUAAACAUGGAUAAGCUGAAAGGUCAUUCGCUGCAUAUAGAUAAGGUGGAUUAUUCCCAUCGUGGUAGAUAUUACUGCUGUGUCAAGGAAUCCAACAAUACAAGAGAGGAAAAAGAGACUACGGACUGUCAAGUGUUCACUUUGAGAGUCAAAGAUCCACUUGGACCCCUUUGGCCAGUUAUUGGGAUCAUCAUUGAAGUCAUCCUACUUUUCAUCAUCAUCUAUGCUUCUGAAAGGAUAAAGAGCAAGAAAAAUAAAUCAGCCAAAGUGGAUGACCGUGUUGACUUUAGCUACAGUUCAACAGAUGAUAAUGGUGAUAAGGGACAUGUUCGUUUGCGUCAAUCAGCAGGUGCUGCCUCUACUGAAGCAGAGAAAGCUUAAGUUUGUAGGACUAUUACACUUUAUUCAAAUCAAGACAGCAUUUGCUUCUAAGAUGGUUUUGUUUACUUGUGUGACAGAAUAUGUUUAAGUUCCAAACCGUUAAACUGACAAACUUGAAUAUGGAUCAUUAAUUUUAGUCAUGUGAGAAAAAGUCCCCAAUCAACAGACCCUUACGCUGACAGUAAGACCCCUUGAACUUAAUCUGAACCUACACUGAUAGUCAAACCCUCAGACUGAUGGACAGUCCCUCAGCCUGUAAGACAAACCCCUUGAACUCACAGACCUUUAGACUAAUAGACAGAAAACCCCUUGGACUGAUAGACAAGACUUUGCACUGAUAGACAAACCUUCAGACUGAGACAAACCUUCAGACUGAGACAAACCUUCAGACUGAGACAAACCUUCAGACUGAGACAAAACUUCAGACUGAUAGACAGACAAAUGGACUGAUAACAGACCUUCAGACUGUUAAACCGAACCCUUAGAUUGCUUGACAGACCUUUAUAUUGUUUGACAGACCAUUGGACUGAUAGACAGACCUUUGGACUAACAGACAGACCUUUACACUGAUAGACRGACCUUUAGACUAGUAGACAGACCUUAAGACUGACAGACACCUUUAGACUAGUAGACAGACCUUUAGACUAGUAGACAGACCUUUAGACUGACAGACACCUUUAGACUAGUAGACAGACCUUUAGAYUAGUAGACAGACCUUAAGACUAGAAGACAGAUUUUUACACUGAUAGACAGACUUUUACAUUGAUUAAUAAGGAUUAUCUGACUCUGUUACAUUAUGGUUGUCUUCAUUUUCUUAUGGUGGUCAUAACUAGUAGUAUAUGUGAGACUUUCUACAGAAUCUUAUAAACCCAGUCAUACAAUAUAAUUAUGUCAUAGCUGGCAUCUUUUAAGUCAGUUUUCUAUUGUUUAGCACUUGAUACAUUGUUUAUAUGAAUCAAGCAAAGGAUGUGUCAAUUUACCAAUGCUAAAAAUAAUUUAUAAUAUUGAUCAUUCAUAGAGUGAAGUCAUUUAACCCGUGCAAUAGAUAUUAGACUUAAUACACAUUAGUAGACACUAAUUCCAUUAUUUCCAUUUGUAUCUAUUUGACUAUUACACGUUGACUAGUAUUUUUUAUUUUUAAGAGUUAAUUACCGAGAACGGAGGCAAUAAGCCAUAUACAUCCAGAGGGCUGUAGGCUUGAGGGAUGUAAAUGUAUAGUCUUAUUGCUGACGUUUGAGGUAAUAAAGUAUUUUAUUUAUCAAUYGAGAAGGUUUUCUAUCAAAUGUUGCUCAUUAUAAAUGCAAAGUCUAUAUAUAGUUAUUAACCGGGUUAAUAACUAACUAUUUAUUGAUCUCGCAUUAUGAAUAACAAAGAAAACCAGGUCAAUUGAGAAAUAACACGAGUUGAAUUCCUUCACUCUAGUAUUACUAGUGUAAUGGUACUACCAGAAAAUAGUCUUGCAAAUAAUCCAAAUAUGCUUUUAAAGGGUUUUGUACAUGAACAAGUUGUAAUUAUUGAAAAAAGGGUCAUAAUAAUCCCUACAUUAGGUAAACAUCUACAUUUAGGCUUUAACUGUUGUAAAGUGAACUAAUAAUUAAAGUGGAAUAGGAGAAAAA